ACAAACAAAAUGGCGUCCGGCAGUGGGUCAGGUGGUGGUGGUGCUAACAGCAAGAAUGAUUUUCGACGAAAGUGGGACAAAGAUGAAUAUGAACAACUGGCUCAGAAGCGUCUCAAUGAGGAGAGAGACAAAAAAGAUGGUAAGCCAGCACCCCCAGUCAAGCGAGAACUCCUGCGACACAGGGACUACAAGGUGGACCUUGAGUCCAAGCUGGGGAAAACAAUUGUUAUCACCAAGACAACACCACAAGCAGAGAUGGGAGGGUACUACUGCAAUGUCUGUGAUUGUGUUGUGAAGGAUUCCAUUAACUUCUUGGACCACAUCAAUGGCAAGAAACACCAGAGGAAUCUGGGAAUGUCCAUGCGUGUAGAACGCUCCUCGCUGGACCAGGUGAAGAAACGCUUUGAAGUUAACAAGAAGAAGAUGGAGGAGAAGCAGAAGGAGUAUGAUUUUGAAGAGCGCAUGAAAGAGCUUCGAGAAGAGGAAGAGAAAGCAAAGGCCUACAAGAAGGAGAAGCAGAAGGAAAAGAAGCGUAAAGCGGAGGAGGAUCUGUUUGAGGAGGAUGAUGAAAUGGCUGCUGUGAUGGGAUUCUCAGGGUUUGGUUCCUCGAAGAAGGGCAAAUGACCUAAAUACUAGCUGCAUUUCUACAGUCUCUCCCACUCGGCUGAUCAAAAAGUAAACUUUGCCAUCUUUAGCAUUCUGUUCCUCUGCUCCCAGAAGUGCUAUAGACCACUGGUUCUCAACUUGAGGCCUUGGGGAAACUGCUGGUAUUGACUCUAGCCCUCAAAUCAGGGAUUGAUUUUGACCUGGCACACCAGCUUAAUGCAGUUAUCUACCCGGUAGAAUAGAAAACCAGCAGAACUCCAGUUCCCGAAGCCGGUUGGUUGAGAACCACUCUUUUAGCCAACUAUUUGAUGUCAUGGUGUGCAUGAAAAAAGGAUGGCUGUGGGGCAUGCAGUUUUAUCCCACAAUCCAGAAUUAUUUUAAAAUGCCACCUAAACACGCCAUUGACACAGUCUGAGUAAUACCUGCGACUGUGCUGGGUUUGUGGAUUAUUUAAACCUUUUUUUGUUUUUUUUACCGGGAUAAGGUGUAAAAUGAAUACAAUUUGUAUUUUAUGGUGAGUUUUAUAUAAAAAUUCCAAAUGCAAAUGUCUCCUAAGAUUCUUUUUUUUUGUUCAGUAUUUACACAAGGUUCCCAUUGACCUUGAAGAUGAUUUUCUUUAAUUUGUUGUCUGCAUUCCAGUACUUGCACUACCUGUGUUUCCUGUACUGUUGUCUCAAAUAUAGGGAGGACAUUUUCGGUUUUUAUUGGCAAUCAAGGACCUCAAUUAUUGUACAGUGCAUUUAAUAUUUGCAUUUUUGACCGUUGUACUCUCAAACGACAACCUCAUAAGUCCCCCACAAAUAAAUGCCACUUAGAAACAUGGGGAAUAUUUGUGUUGUGUUUAUUUUAUUCAGACAUUUGUGAUUCAUACAAUAAAAAGUUUGACUUUGUAAAUAU